AGCACAAGUUACAAACAAGACAAACAAGAAGUUGUUCGGGUUAAAGUCAACACUAGACACAAGUGGGACGUUGGAUAAAACAAACACAUAAUAGAGACAGAACAACGUCACACACUGGGAUCCUAUUUAGUCACGUGUCUGUCACUUCUCUGUCCCUCCGCUUUUCCUCUCGGACAUCACUUCCUUUUCCGUGUUUUCCUUCUGAUCCUUUACUUUGCUACAACAAUUCCUACUUCCGCAUUCCCCUCAGGCUCAGCUCACAGCCACUGCGCUGUCCCAGACUCCCCUCUGCUCCCGCCACCCUUCCGGAAUUGCCUCUACUUCCGGCCUUCUCUCUGCGCCCCAUCCUACAGCUGCUCUGCACAGGCGCAAGGUGGAGAGACACCGCAGCAGCCGGAAGAGGAAGUCUCAGUCGCGAGACUCUUUCCUGAUUGGAUCAGCACUGGGGCAGUAUCUCCUACCGCGUGUCCUAUCAGCAUUCAGUAGGGACAAGUAGUGAAAAGAAGAAUUAUCAGGCCCGCCAGCUGCCUGUCCCCAACUCUCUCCCCUGUACGUCGGCAUAUUCUUCCGUGUUCCUCCCAAGUAAACGGAGAAAGUGACAGCAGGUUUGUGCCAUGAAGAGUGACAGCAGGGUGCAGAGUACCAAUGACUGCAGUACUCUCAGCUUGUACUAAUGACUGCAGUACUCUCAUCUUGUUACUCCUUGUCUCUAUGCAGGUGCAGAGUACCAAUGACUGCAGUACUCUCAGUAAAGUUUCAGCGGCAUCCCUGGGUUAUUUUGAAGAUGAAUACCAGAAAUAUUUUGUAAAUCGAAAAUGCCGGCGGUCUCCACUCAUCCACAGGGGAUACUGUGUACGAUCUCAAGCUGUCACUUUCUGUAUCAGGGAAUUUAUACGGGACACACAAGACUGUAGCCACAGACAGAUUGUUUCACUGGGAUGUGGAUUUGAUUCCUUAUUUUUCCGUCUGCGGACACAGUUGAAAUCCCCCCUGUGCGUGUGGGAAGUGGAUUUUCCCUCCGUUGUGAAUCGCAAGCGCCUUAUAAUUCAGCAGUCUGAGACUCUUACAGAUCUUCUGGGGAGCCAUGAGACCCCGGAUGGUCCCCUGGUUCUCUUAUCUCAGGGGUAUAAACUUCUGGGGGUGGAUCUGAGUGAUGUCUCCAGUCUCACUGCUGCUCUGGAGGGCGCUGGUAUUGCCUGGGACUGUCCAACACUAAUACUGGGAGAAGUGGCGCUGUGUUAUAUGGACCCAGAAAGAUCCACAGCGCUGAUUGGAUGGGCAGCGGAGAGGUUCAGAGAUUCUCGCUUUGUCCUGUAUGAGCAGAGUUUCCCCAGUGAUCCGUUUGGGCGCGUCAUGAUGAGUCACUUUGCUUCUCUCAACUCCCCAUUGCUGUCACUGACUUUGUACCCUCACAUAGAGGACCAGGAGUGCAGGUUCCUUCACAAGGGGUGGCAGACGUGCAGAGUUCUCAACAUGAAUCAGUUCUGCUUGUCCUGUGUUGCUCUGUCAGAGACGCUUCGGAUACACAACUUGGAGCCUUUUGAUGAAUUUGAGGAGCUGCACUUGAAGUGUUCCCAUUAUUUUAUCCUUGUGGCUUCCCAAGGUUUCCUGGCAGAACGUCCAUGUUUGUGUCCUAUUCCUGAGAAGUGCGCAGAGUUGGAAAUGUGCCCCACACCCGUUCCUCGGGGAUCUCUGGAAGCCAUUCCCUCACCUGUACCAGUCCGUGGUCUGCGCCGCUUUGGCCACCGCUCCUGUCGUAUCUCCCCUCACCUUGUUGUAACAACUGGAGGCUUUGGGGAGAAGGACGGCAGACACCAAAGGUUAAUGGACUUACAUGUCAUGUCACGUGGGCAGCACAACUGGGACAAUGAGCAGACAAUGGAAGGCUGGGAUGGGCGUCUGCUGCAUUCACUUACCCCUCUCUCUGAAGGAAGGGGGGUUCUGGUUCUUGGGGGACGGUUUUCUCCAUCUCAUCCUGCCAGUGGGGCGUUAAUGUUGAAACAUAUGAGUGGGAGCUGCUCCGUGGAAGUGACACAGAUGAAUUUACAGCCUGAUAUUCAGCGAUGGAGGCACACGGCAACUGAAGUCCAUCUCUCUGACCAGCCGUAUGUGUUUGUAUUUGGGGGCCGCUCGGUGUCCACUUUGGCUCUACAGGACACGAUGUUUCUUUGUCUCCACAAAAUGAGUUGGGAGCAGGUACAAGUAAUUGGCUGCACCCCCUCUGCUCGCCACUCACACAGCUCAUGUAGUUGGAAGGGGGGCGCUGUAAUAUCCGGGGGGCUUCUUCCCUCAGGACUUCCCAGCGGUUCCAUCGACCUUCUGGUGCCUUGUGGUUCCCAUUUUAGCUGGCGACAACUAGAGACCUCACCUUCCCUCACCCCAAGAUAUUCUCACAGCUCUCACGUGAUUGGGGAGAAGUUAUUACUGGUCGGAGGCGUUUGGAUCCAGUGUGAGGGGUCGGUGCCGGGGGUGAGUGUAGUGGAUGUGACUAGUGGACACGUUGCUGAGUAUCAGAUUAACACUUGGUCGCUGGAGUGGCCCCUCAUGGCUCACGGGCACAGCUCUGUUUUACUUGCGGAUGAAGAGAAGUUGCUGAUCGUGGGGGGAGGAGGGAACUGUUUCUCAUUUGGGACCCACCUCAACCCACAGCCGGUGUUCAUAUCGCUCCCCCCUGACCUGUGAGCGGCUGCUGUAGAGUGUCAGCGAGUGGAACAGCUGGAGAUUAUAACUGAUACAAGAUAUACGGGAUAUUCGGUGUAUUGUGGGGGUGGGGCUCCGGGGCUGAUACUGACAAGUGAACCAAUGGGAGGCCACCAGGAUUCUUCCCACAAUGCACUAUUCUCCCUUAAUGGCAAAAUGAACAUGUGAUAAAAACUUCACCAAAAUAAAACAUUUUCUACAUAUGAAUUAAAA